CAAUACAUAUCAAUCAUGUCAAUAUCUAAUCAGUUUAAAACUACCCCCCCCCCCUCCCCCAUUUGAUUAGAUAUCUAUGCCAUUCUAUGGAAAAGAUGUAUAUGCACAGUACAUUUUUUAUAGUGUUAAAGUGUUUUAAAUUUGAAAUUUACUUGUUGAAAUAAUCACACAUAUUUGAAAACAGUUUUUUUUAUUCAAGGAAUGAAUAACUGCUGUUUUAAACCCAUGCUUGAUCUCAAUUUUCUUAUCUGUUGUCAUUGAUAAAUUAUUGUUUUGAAAAUGAACAAAAACUCUGUUAAAGAACAGCAAAUGAACCAACCUUUUAAGGGAAAUUAAUGCAUCGAUACAUCAGCAUAAUGUUUGGAAUUUUACCAUUAAUAGGUGUUUGCAGAAGAUGUAUCGAGAAGCAUAAACACUGUUUCAAGAAUAAUGCAGAUAUGAAGGAGGAGUUGAAAGAAAUAUGCUGUUUAUUAGAGAGAACUACAGAUUCUGAAGCAAUGGAUGCUGGUGGAUCUUUUUCUCACCCAAGAGAGGACCAAGAGAAUGAAAGGCAACUGUUUGUGCCUGAAGACAGUAUGGAAAUAUCAGACACGGAUAGAAGAAUUGAUGCUCCAGAAAUUACCAAAAGCGAUAGUGCACCAUGCUCUCAGACAACAGAUUCGGAUUUUGAUCUUCUGUCAUCUCAGAAAACUGUGGGGUCUGAUUGGUCCAAAGAUGAAAGAUCACAGCGUGAAAUCUUUAAUGAAGCUAUGGAAUUAAUGUCAGAUGGAAAGUACUCCCCUUUAAAAUCACAGCCAUCAAUGAAUCUUGAUCAACUUCAGUAUUCAACGAGAAUGUACUACAUACGUCAAGCUCGUACUGCCUUCCAAUAUGUUUGUGAAAGCAUUGCACCAUCCCAGGGCUCCCUCUUGAUGAAGGAUGUCUUGGAAAGCAUAAAACCUAAAGAUCAGGAACCCAGACCUAAAGAUCCCCUCACAGAGACUGUUAUAGAAGCUUACCGAAAAGCUGAAGAUUACACAACUAAGAUACAGAUUUUGUCCAUAAUUGUGGGAAUGUACACCAAGUCAGAGCUUCAGACUUUUAUUGAAGGAUUGACCAUCUACAAAAUUGAUGCUGCAAGAAAGUACGCUUCAACACAUGGACCUGGACAGUAUGUAACUCCACCAAAAAUAUCCCGACUACGGCUUUCAAAGGAGAAAAUUCAUCACUUUAUUGAAUUCAUUUCUGCUCCGUGUUAUCUUCAAGUUGUUGGUUUUGGAUCAAAAAACUUGAAGUUAUCCUCAGGCCUUACAGUGAAAGUUCCAAAAAUGAUUAGAACAAUGAUUGCUUCUCGGCUUAUUACCGCAUAUGAAAACUACUGCAAGGAGAAUUCUCUAAUUUCUCCAUCCAGGGCAACUCUUUACAAAAUUAUCAAGGCAUGUGCAGCCUCCCAGCUUCAAUCUCUUCAUGGUUUGGACAACUUUGUUAAUGAUGGUCUAGAGGGCAUCGAUACCUUGAAGAGGAUUGUGUCAAAUCUUGCACUUCCAGAGAUUAGAAUAUCUGAACUUAAAGGGAAAAUUGACACUUUGAAGCUGCAUUUAAAGAGUGGGUUUAGAAGUCACAUCAGACCUGAAAGUGACUGUGCUCAACACUGUAUACAAUAUGCAUUGUCGGAAGAAGAGUGCCAGCAUGCUCACACUGGUACCUGUGAGUCUUGUGACAUCAUGUACAGUGUUAGAACCGAAAUUCAUGACUUAAUAGAGGGUACAAAUUUUCCAAGCAUCCAAGAAAGGGAAGAAGUUAAACAUGACUUUGGGGUGUCAGCAGAGAAAGUUUGGGCUUGGAGGGAUCAUUUAAUCAGGAAUGUUAAUCAGGACUUGUGUAAAAGGAACAUUCUCCAAAACUUGAAGUCACAUGAGGUGUUGAUAAUUGCCGAUUGGGCCAUGAAGUACUUGCCUCAGACUUUCCGUGAGACACAGAGUGAGUGGUUUGGGAAGCAGGGCAUUAGUUGGCACAUGAUUUGUGCUGUUAUCUGUCACCCACAUUCAGAUGACAUUGACAACAAUAACAAGUUUGACAUUAUUUCUAUGAUUCAUCUCAUUGAAGAAGGAAAGCAGGGUUGGCACUUGGUGAGUCAGAUCUUUGGUGAUGCUUUCCAGACAUUAAAGUCUCUUCAUCCACAUCUUAGGGAUGCAUAUAUUAGAUCAGAUAAUGCUGGAUGCUAUCAUGCAUUGCCAAUGCUGUCCUACCUGUGGAAAUUCCGUGAUGAGCUGCCAUUAUCUAUAAAGGAGUACAAUUUUAGCGAAGCUCAAUCAGGCAAGGACCUGUGUGACUCUAGGACUGGAACUUGCAGACUUCACAUGCUGAACUAUGUGAAUGAAGGUAAUGACAUCCUCAAUGCUAAACAGAUGAAGUUGGCACUUGAAAGUCAUGGUGGCAUCAGAAACACCUACAUCUCAGUAGUAGAUCUCUUAGCUGAACCCCAAACACCAGUGCUUUCUGGACAGCUCAAAUCCUUCCAGAUAUCACAGCAUAACAAUUUCAUUUUUCAAAACGAUGGAAUGAUGGCAUAUAAAGCAUAUGGCCUUAGAGGAAAGCUUAUUUCAGCAGAAGAUAUGACUAGAAUUUCAGAAAAGUUGCUAUUGAAAGAUGAGAACUUGGUCUUCUCUGGAGUGAAACAGCCAGACCCAAAGCCAACUACCAUUCAAGGAGUUAAACAACAGGACCAUUUUCCUUGCAUUGAUCCAGACUGCAUCAAAGUAUUUAGGAAAGAGAACCAACUUGUCCAACACCUUUCUGUCGGUCAGCAUGUCUAUGAUGAACAGCAGUUGGACACCCUUGAGGACAGGAGUAAAAGGCUUUGGUCAGCACAGUGCAGUGAACUUCGACUUAAUCAACAAAUUCUCUCAUCUGUCCCAGUGGUUUUUGAACAACCAACAAAUUUCUGUGAAAGCCAUGGCUACGCUCUAAAACGAAGAAAAAAGACAUCCCGCUUUUCUGGAAAGGUGAGAAAUUACCUCACUGCCUUGUUCAGAAAUGGAGAAGAGACGGGGAAAAAACCAAGUCCACACACAGCUUCUAGACAAAUGCGAUCUGAAACAGAUGGAGAGGGAAACAGAGUGUUUUCUCCAGAUGAAUGGCUCUCUCCUCAACAGAUUAGAAGCUUCUUUGGAAACUUAUGUUUGAAAAAGCAGAAAGUAUCCAACAUAGUGAAAGGCGAGGAAAGUGCAGAAAAUGAUGAAGAUCUUCAAAAUGUAAUCAGUGAUCUUGUUGCCGUUGAACGUAGCCAAGUAUUAUCCAGUAUUGUCUCUGAACUGACACUUGGUUAAGAAUAAUUUCGUAUAGGAAAUACUCUUUCACUUUAAAUGUGAGGGUGAUUACUUCUGAUAUCUGUUAUUCUUGAAAUGGUAUCCAAUUUACUGAUACUGUCACACUGGUGUAAAUGUAUACAUGUUGAUACUUUUAGUAUUGAUGUAUAGAAAAUCAGAAUUUGUCUUUUUAGUUAAGUUAUUGUUCAAACUCUUGCCAGCUAGAAUUUCAAUUUAAAGUUUCCAAUGAAGUAUCGCAGUCACUUGAUCAUAUUAUUUGGUUAAUUGUGAUACAUGCAUGAAUUGAUGAUGUUAGUCCUCUAAUAGCACUAUAUGUGUAUGAAUGAUGUAAGUCGUCUAAUAGUGCUACAGGUAUAAAUUGAUUAUGUUAGACUUCUAAUAGACAAACAUGUAAUAAAUAUGUAUCAAUUGAGGAUGUAAGCUAGAUAAUAACACUUCAUUAAUGUUUUGAUGAUAAAUUUUGUCUAAUGUCACUUGUCUGAAUUGAUGAUGUUAUUUGGCCAAUAGUGCUACAUGUAUGAAUGUUGGUUAGUAGGUCUACAUGUAUGAAUUGAUAAUUUUGUUUGUCUAAUAUAGUGCUACAAGAAUGAAUUGAUAAUGUAAGUUUGAUAAAAACAUUGAUGUUGUCAGUUCUUUAAUAGCAUUUCAUGUAUGAAUUAUGAUGUUAGUCCUCUAUUAACACUACAUGUACAUGAAUUGAUAAUGUUUGGACUAAUAGCUCUACGGGUAUGAAUUGAUUAUGUUAUUUGGCUAAUAGGGCUACAUGUAUAAAUUAAGGAUGUAUGCUAGAUAAUGGCAUUUUAUGAAUGAUUUGAUGAUAAAAGUUAUCGUAUAGCACUUGUGUGAAUGGAUGAUGUUACUUGGCUAGCUAAUUGUGCUAUAUGUUUGAAUUGAUGAUGUUUUUAGACUAAUGGUGCUACAUGUAUAAAUUGAUGAGGUUAUUUGGCUAACAGCGCUACAUCAAUUGGUGAUGUUAUUUGGCCAAUAGUGAAACGUACAUACAUAAAUUAAUGUUCAUAGUUGUCUAACAUUGCUAUAUGUUUAACUUGAUGAUGUUAUUUGGCAAAUAGUGCUUCAUGUAUGAAUUGAUGUUGUUUGGUUAUUAGUGCUACAUGUAUGAAUCGAUGAUGUUAUUUAGCUUUUAGUGCAACAUGUAUGAUGAUAAUAGUUGUCUAAUAGCACUACAUGUACGAAUUGAUGAUUUUAUGAUAGAUAAGUGCUACAUGUGUGAAUUGAUGUUGUUUGGUUAUUAAUGCUAACACAUGUAGUUGUCUAAUAGUGUUACAUGUAUGAAUUGAUUAUAGAUGUCUAAAAAGGCUACAUGUAUGAAUUAAAGAUUUGAUUUUACUAAUAGCACUACAUGUAUGAAUGGAUGUUGUUAUUUGGCCAAUAGUGAUACAUGUAUUAAUUGAUAAUAGUUGUCCAAUAGCGCUACAUGUAUAAAUUGAUGAUUUUAUUUGACUAAUAGCACUACAUGUAUUAUUGAUGUUGUUAUUUGGCUAAUAGGGACACAUGUAUUAAUUGGUGAUGAUAGCUUUCUUAAUUUAAAUUAAUUGAACAUCUCUAUCUAUUAUUCUUAAGUAACUGAAUAAUGAAUAUUUCAAUUCACAAAUUUUGUAUUUUUUAUUCUGAAAUUGAAAUUCUCUAUCUGAUAUUUUCAUUGAAGGUUGAAAUUUGUCUCUAUUGCAUAUUUUAUUGCAUAGCUUUGUAAAGAAUUGCUAGUCAUAUUUCAUUUUAAUAACUGGUCAGGAGUAAUUUGGUCUUUGUUUUUGCUCCAUUUGAAGCAAAGGCUCAUUUCAAGCAUUUCUUGUAAACAAGUGUUACAUGUAGGCAUUUUUGUUUUCAUAUCAGGUGGUUAUAUGUACUUUUUAACGUUCAUUAUUGUACCAAAUAAUCCAUGAAUAUUAAACAGGUUAUAUAUUAAGUUAAAAGAUUGUUAUUUGUUGUGUUUUUCUCAAA